AUGGCAGCUCCUUCUUCCUCCAAGAGUGCUACUACUACUAAUAAUAAUAAUAAUAGUAAGAAAAACAAAGAUUAUGAUAACGACGACGACGACGACGACAAGUACAACAAGAGUAACAAGAGCGAAUAUGACAAGGGAACCAAUUAUGUUGCGGGAGGCAUUGAAGCAGAUCCUUAUCUCUUUGCCUUGUUGAUUGCCUCUCCCUUUUUAAGUUUGUUGCUGGCCUAUUUGACGUCUCCGGAAUUUGCCGCGUUUCAUCCGGAACCUCCCUUGUUGGUCAGUAAAUUGGUGCCACUGUGCGUGGCCAAUGUCGGUGGUUGCGUGACUGGAAUCUACUCGGCCGGUGCCAGUGUGGUCCCCACGGUGGAGAGUGUCACCUUUGUACUGUCCUUCAUGGGCGUCGCACUCGUCUUGGAACGAUUGCUCCCAGGCAAGAUUGAAACUGGACCCGAAACCUUGACGGGACAUGUUCCCAAAUACGUGGACAAUGCGGUCGCUCAUUGUUUCACCUUUUCGGCUUUGUUUGUGGUGGGAAGUAACUUUGGUCUGAACUUGUAUGAUUUUGGUAUCAUUUACGACCUAUUUCCUGGUUCCGUCGCCUUUUUGAAUCUCUUUGGAUUGAUCUUUUGCAUCUUUUUGACCUUCAAGGGACGAUACUUCCCUUCGACCCAAGACUGUGGUUCGUCUGGAAUUUUCCUCAAGGACUUUUUGUGGGGCACGGAAUUGUACCCCCGAGUGGGUGGUUUGGAUUUGAAACGAUUCAUCAACUGUCGUGUCAGCAUGACCUUUUGGCAAUUGGCCGGUCUCAGUUAUUGUUACCGAUCCUACACUCUCCAUGGGGAACAGUUGGAUUAUGGUCUCUUUUUUGCGGCUCUGUCCCAGUACCUGUAUUUGGUCAAGUUUUUCUAUUGGGAAAUGGGAUACAUGAGAUCCAUUGAUAUCAUUGUGGACCGAGCUGGAUUUGAGAUUCAAUGGGGAUGUUUGGUGUGGGUACCCUCUGUCUACACCCUUCACAGCCGAUACUUGGUGCAAUAUCCCUCUGGACUUUCCUUUCCAGUGGCAGCCUGUUUGUUUGUCACCUCCCUUUUGGGUGUCGUCUUGAAUUACCUAGCGGAUCGGGAACGGGAUGUCUUUCGGGCUACCAAUGGAAAGUGCAAGGUUUGGGGCAAGGAUCCUACCUACAUUCAAGCCGAGUAUACCGUCUUGGAUCGCAAGACGGGUCAAAAGACCCAAAAGACUAGUUUGCUGCUCGCGAGUGGAUUCUGGGGAGUCGCACGUCACUUUCAAUACUUUUUUGAAUUGACGGCUGCCUGGUCUUGGUGUUUGUUGAGCAAUCCCAUUCGGAAUGGAAUUCUACCGCUGUUUUAUGCAUGCUUUUUGACAUACCUCUUGGUCGAUCGUGCCAAUCGAGAUUCGGACAAGUGCAAGGCCAAAUAUGGAAAGUAUUACGAUGAAUAUUGUCAAUUGGUUCCCUACAAGAUUCUUCCAGGAAUUUAUUAA